AUGGGCACACGAAUAAAGCAAACGCCACAGGACAGACGGAAGGGCGAGUUAGCCCUGUCUGACUUCGCAGAUUACGUCGACAAGCAGCAGGCCAAGAACCGUGUCCAGAGGAUAAGCUCGAUAGCUCCAAGCGUCAGCGGCUACUCUACUGGAGGCCAGUCAGCCGUCACCGAGGAUCACGCCGAGCUGGACGUAAUCGACCAGCUGGGCUUGUCUGACAAUCCCACGCAGACGAAAUUGAAGGACUGGCUACUUGACGAGACCGAGGACUCUGGCGCCACUCUGCAGCAACUUACAGGAUUAUUGCAAGCACGAUUAGACGAAGGACAUGGCGAGUCACUCUUCGAUUUAGGUCUGGAGGACGGUGGCGAGUCAUUGGGCUUCACCAGAACACAGUGGAAUCUAGCCCUUGCACGAGUCACAGAGGCCGCCGCAACAUUGAAAUCGGAUGUGCGGGUACUCCUGACCUACAACGUUGGCGGCGAUGUUGAGGCCGAGACCAAGCCAGCUUCGAACGCCUGCUAUGGAAAGCUCCUUAUUCGCCAGAAGCCGGAGACACCUGAGGAAGUCAUCGAGACCCGCAUCGCUGUUGUAGGCAAUGUCGACGCCGGCAAGUCCACGAUGUUGGGUGUGCUCGUCAAGGGCGGACUUGACGAUGGCCGUGGCAAAGCCCGUGUCAACCUUUUCCGUCACAAGCACGAGAUUGAGUCUGGUCGUACUUCAUCUGUCGGCAUGGAAAUCAUGGGCUUUGAUACGCAUGGCGAGAUCGUUGCGUCUAACGUCCCUGGCCGCAAGUUGACUUGGGCCGAGAUCGGCACUCGCUCAGCCAAAGUCAUCUCCUUUUCUGACCUGGCUGGCCAUGAGAGAUACCUACGGACGACUGUCUUCGGCCUGUUAUCUAGCUCUCCGAAUUACUGCCUACUCAUGGUGGCAGCCAAUAACGGGCUGAUCGGCAUGUCCAAGGAGCAUCUCGGCAUCGCUCUGGCCCUCAACGUCCCCGUCAUGGUCGUCAUCACCAAGAUCGAUAUAUGCCCACCGCACAUCCUCGAACAGACCAUUACUCAGCUCACCCGGAUCUUGAAGUCUCCAGGUGCCCGCAAGAUCCCAGUCUUCAUCAAGACACACGAGCAGACCGUCGAGACCGCCACUCAAUUCGUCUCGCAGCGCAUCUGCCCUGUCUUCCAAGUCUCCAACGUGACUGGAGAAUGUCUCGACCUGGUUCGCACAUUCCUCAAUAUCCUGCCUCAUCACGGCCACUACGACGCUCAAGCACCAUUCGAGUUCCAUAUCAACGACACCUUCUCUGUUCCCUUCGUUGGCACCGUGGUAUCUGGCGUUGUCAAGUCCGGGCUCAUACACACUGGUGAUAACGUCAUUGUUGGCCCAGACUCCCUCGGCCAGUUCCAGACAACCAAUAUCCGCUCGAUCGAGCGAAAACGCAUCCAGGUGCCGUUUGUGUCUGCAGGUCAGUCCGCCAGCUUUGCACUCAAGCGUGUUCGGCGGAAGGAGGUGCGCAAGGGAAUGGUCGUCCUGCCAAAACUCGACACGAUGCCCAAAGUGCACUACGAGUUCGUUGCCGAGGUUCUCAUCUUGAGCCACGCAACCACCAUUCGGCCAAAGUACCAGGCAAUGCUGCACGUAGGACCCGUCAGCCAGACCUGUGCCAUCAUAGACAUCGAUCGCGAGUACAUCCGGACUGGAGAUCGUGCUACCGUGGCAUUCCGCUUCGUCCAGAGGCCGGAGUUCCUCAGUGUGGGAGACAGGAUAUUGUUUCGCGAGGGACGCACAAAGGGACUCGGUAUCGUCAAGUCGUUAGGCUAUGAGGCGGGUUCGCUUGGCAAUCCAGGCGCAGUGACUGCUGCGGAUGCUGAUGGCAAGAAUGGUCCUGCAGCUGCAGCUGCAGCAAAGGCGAUGAAGGAAGUUGAGGCGAAGGAUUUGGGUAAGGGGAAGGGGAAGGAGCGGAAGGUCAGCUUCUCGGUCGGGAAGGCGCCUGCUCCGACGGGCACUAUUCCCUUGGUCGCUGCUGCUGGUGCCAACAACGCUACCGCUGUGAACGGGAAGGCGAAGUAG